UCUGGGCCCCAGGCUGAACCGCCCAAAACACUGCACUCUGCUCCCAGUUGUCCACACAGGGUCUUGCUGGAGGAGGCGGCCAAGGUCGUGAACUUGGUCUUCAUACCCUUGCCCUAACUCUGCCCCUAGACACUGCUCCCAACCCAAGCUGCCAGGCUGUGUGGGUAGCUAAGCCCCUGAGCUCCCCCCGCUCCCAGCAGGACGAGGGGCUGGACUGGGGAGACCGACCCAGAGACCCAGGUCCAGACUGAGCACCUCGGAGUCAGCGGCGGGCGGGGGCGCGGGGCUGCUUAUGUUCUGACAGUACAGACAUGUGAACCAAACCCGCUGAGAAAUGCACCUUUCCCAGAGUCCCCUGGAUAACGCCCAAACACGGGGGGUCAGAAGCCCUGGACGAGCUAAGCAUGGGAGGACGGACGAUGGCAAGAGAUGAGGAAAACACCUGGGGUUCUGAAGACAGCAUGUGGGGCCUGCAGGAGCGCAGGCUGGGGCUCACCCUGGCGGGGAGGACAGGGGCAGGGAAGAGUGCCACUGGGAACAGCAUCCUGGGCCAGAGGUGCUUCUUCUCCAGGCUGGGGGCCACUUUGGUGACCAGAACCUGUGAGGUGGGGAGCUGCAGGUGGCGUCAGUUGCAGGUGGAAGUCAUGGACACCCCGGACCUUUUCAGCUCCCAAGUCCCCAAGACAGAUCUGGGAUUCCAGGAGCGGAUGCGCUGCUACCUGCUGUCGGCACCAGGGCGCCAUACAGUGAUCCUGGUGACUCAGCUGGGCCGCUUCACAGAGCAGGACCAGCAGGCCCUGAGCGCACUCAAGCAUCUGUUUGGGGACCGCAUGACAACCCGCACCAUCGUGCUGUUCACACGCAAGGAGGACCUGGAGGGGGGCUCGGUGCAGGAGUUCGUGCGUGACACGGACAACCACGCACUGUGGAGGAUGGUGGCCGAGUGCGGGGACCGCGUGUGCGCCUUCAACAACCGGGUGGUGGGCACGGAGCAGGAAGCCCAGGUGCAGGAGCUGCUGGAGCUGGUGGAGUGCCUGGUGGUGGCCCACUCCGGUGUCCCCUUCACCAACGACGUGUACCACCUGGCGCAGGCGCUGGCCGGCGCGGACCCGGAGGAGCGGAGGCGCAGGGUGGCGUAGAAACUAGCCCUCCGCGCCCGUGGUUACAAGGGGCGGCAGCUGCUGGGCCAGCUAUGGGUUUGGGUGCAGCCCCGGAAGAUGGGCGUGGCCCUGGUGCUGGGCACUGUGGUCCUCCUGUUCUGGCUG